AUGGCUUUACAAGAGCUUUUAACAUCUUCCAUUUCUUUACGAGAGAUUUUAUUACCAAUAGUGAUGGUGUUAUUAUGCUAUGGAUUUAUACAUAAACUUUAUGACGAUUACUAUAGACCAUACAGACGUUUAAGAAAAUGUGGACUCAAAAUGCCUAUCCCUAAACCAUUUGCUGGUAACGUUAUGGAUUACGGAUCCAGAGAUCAGCAUACCGCUCAGAUAAAAAGACAAGAAUUAUAUGGCAAUGUCUAUGGUACUUUCAUAUUUUGUGCUCCAACCAUAUGGAUAGGAGAUCCAGAAAUGCUCAAAGCAGUUAUGGUCAAGGAUUUCGCUAAUUUUACUAACCGCUAUGCAUUAGUUAGUUUAAUGAGGCCUUUUGACAAAACACUUUUGCGCUUGACAAAUAAAGACUGGAAAAGAGUAAGAACUACUCUAGUUCCUACCUUUAGUGCAUCAAAAUUAAAGACCAUUCUUCCAUUUAUUAGAGUAGCUAGUGAUAAUUUAGUUGAUAAAUUAUUCCAAGUUGAAGUCAAUAGAAAAGCUGUUAAUAUAUGGCAGGUUUGUGGUCAAUUUACUAUGCGAGUCAUCUUAGCAACAGCUUUUGGCAUUGAGUUCGAAUCAGAAGAACAUGAAGCUAAAAUCACUAAAGCUGCAGGAAUGAUACUUAGAGAUACCAAUACUUUUGUUCAAUUUUUUGUAGUUUAUGCGUCACCAUUAUUCAAGAUCUUGGAGCCGGUUGUUGGAGGAGAUAUUAUGAAAUCAAUCAAUUUAUUAACCGAAACAAUUGAGCAAGUUAUUUGUCAACGACGGAAAAACUUAAAAGAAGGCAUACCCUGUCGAAAAGAUAUUUUACAACAUAUGAUUGAGGCUGGUAAUUCUGACAACAUUAGCGAUGAAGAAAUUAUCGCUCAAGCAGUAAUUUUCCUUAUUGCCGGUCAUGAAACUACUGCUAACACAUUAGCUUUGGCUUCGUAUUCGCUAGCCACGAAUCCUGAGACUCAAGAAAAGUUAAUUACGGAAAUCGAUGAUAAAUGCCCAAAUGCAAGUAAUCUCGACUAUGAAACGUUAUCUACUUUACCUUAUCUUGAAAUGGUAAUAUCAGAAACACUAAGAAUGUAUCCAGCAGGAUUUUUUGUCAAUCGAUGUGCAAAGGAAGACAUAAUUAUAAAUGGCGUAGAUAUACCCAAAAACUCAAUGAUAGGACUUCCAAUUUAUGCUGUGCAUCAUAACCCACAGUUCUGGCCUGAUCCUGAAUGUUUCAUUCCCGAACGAUUUACCCCGGAGGCUAAAGCAAAGCAUCAUCCGUAUAGUUACAUUCCCUUCGGUGGUGGACCUCGAAAUUGUAUUGGAAUGCGAUUGGCUUUAUUAGAGACAAAAUUUGCUUUAGUUAGAAUUUUACAAAACGUUAAAUUAGUAGUAGUAAAAGAAACUGAGAUUCCAUUAAAGUUGAAAACUGGAGCUACAUUAUCUCCGGCUAACGGUGUAUAUGUGGGAAUCCAAAGGAGACAUUAG